AAGAUUCAUUUGUCAAAAUGAAUCUCCUUGUAAAACUUUUUUUGUUUGGCUUUGGCUUGCUCAUUGUGUUUUACUUUCAUUGCUGCGCCGUCAGAAAGGAGAUAACUAUCGCUGAAUGUUUGAAGGAUCCUGACUAUAAUGAGCUACUGGAAAUAGCAAACAACAGCCUGUCAAAGACAGACAACCCUCGUCACGUUGUUAUUGUCGGAGCUGGUAUGGCUGGACUGACAGCGGCAAAGCUGCUGGAAGAUGCCGGACAUAAAGUCACCAUAUUGGAGGCCAGUGGUCGAGUUGGGGGACGAGUGGAGACCUACAGGAAUAAAGACGAAAACUGGUAUGCAGAAAUAGGGGCCAUGAGAUUUCCCCAAUCUCACAAGAUAGUUUUUACCUUUGCUGAAAAGCUGAAUGUGACGUUCAGGAACUUCACUAUGGAUGACAACAACACAUAUUACUUUGUCAAUGGGGUGAAGAAAAGGAAUCAUGAAGUGAAGAAAAAUCCUGACAUUCUGGGGUACAAUGUGACAAAAGAGGAGAAGGGGAAGUCAGCUGAACAACUGUUGGAGCAAAGUUUGCUUAAGGUUAGAAAUGACAUAGAAAAUGGUGGCUGUGAUAUAAUACUGGAGAAAUACGACAGAUACACUGUAAAGGAAUAUUUGAAAGAAGUUGGAAAGCUUAGCAACGAGGCCAUCAGGAUGAUAGGAGAUCUACUUAAUGAGCAGAGCCUCAUGUACACAGCCUUCACUGAGAUGCUCUAUGACCAAGCUGACGUCAAUAAUUCUGUUCGGUACCACGAGGUGGAUAAUGGCACGGAGCAACUCCCCAAUGCUUUUCUUAAGGUCCUUUCCACUCAACCUAAUUUGAAUGCUACCGUUCAGUCUAUCAACCGUAAAGAAAACGGUGUCGUUGUAGCGUACAUGGAAAACCAACAGCUCAAACACAUUAAAGCAGAUUAUGCUCUGGUCACAACUACUGCCAAAGCUGCUCUUUACAUGGACUUUGAUCCACCCCUUACGGUUAAAAAGAUGGUGGCAUUAAGAACAGUUCAUUAUGACAGUGCCACCAGAAUCACUAUGACGUUCAGUGAAAAGUUCUGGGAGAAAGAUGGCAUCAAAGGGGGAAAAAGCGUGACAGACCGACCCUCUCGUUUCAUCUACUACCAGAGCCACGAUUUCCCGGAAAACCACACUAUUGGAGUGAUCCUAGCCUCCUAUACCUGGUCUGAUGACUCCAGCCUCUUCCUCGGUGCCAGAGAUGAACAGCUGAAAGAGGUGCUUCUCAGAGAUUUAGCUGAGAUCCAUGGUCCCCACGUCAAAUCCCUCUGUACCGGUAUUCUGGUGAAGAAAUGGAGUCUCGAUCCAUAUAGUUUUGGUGCCUUUGCACUUUUCACACCUUAUCAACACAGGCAGUAUGCUGAUGAGCUCUUUAAGAAUGAAGGCAGGAUUCAUUUUGCUGGUGAGCACACGGCCCUCCCUCAUGCUUGGAUCGAAGGGUCUAUGAAAUCUGCAAUCAGGGCGGCUCGGAAUAUCAAUCAUCAUGCAAUGCAGCAUUUGGAUUCAAACCAAGAUAGAGAUGAGCUUUAAACUUUAAUGGUGAAAGUUUGAGCUACUGUAUUACAUGAUACAAACUUUCAGAGUAAAGUUGCAGAAUAC